UGGUCCCUGUCCCCGAGGAGCUGGAACAGUCGAAUUGGAGAUCCGUGUGUUGCCAUAUGUUCAGGGCAGAAGAAAUGACGAAGCCAAGUGCUCUGUGUAUCCUGAGGGACGAGCAUCAGGAAAGGCGCCCUCACUGGAGAUGACCUUGGAAGAAUGGCAGGGGGGUCCACCAGCCUGCCCCUGACCUGUGCCUCUGUGGAUCGGAGCCAGUGGCCUGGAGAAAUUCUGAGGGCUCUAAACCGCAGGGCAAGCGGGAUCUACAUUGGUUUGAGGUCGUCGCGAACGUUCCGAACAAGAACUUUGAGAUGCCACAAGAUUGCAGGCUUGUUUAAAGGGUGUUGCUGGUGGGGAUUAAGCAGAAACCAGGCCUUAUUGCCAUGACGUGAUGGCUGGAGAAAUCCUGAUUGGGGACUUGUAGGUCAAAGGAGGAGCGUCAUAUUUCAUGUUUGGGGCCUCCAGGAUUGCUGAAGGGUGUCAAGCUGGAGAGGUCUGUAGAGCAGCUCCCUUAUGCAAGACGCCACGUUUCACGAAGCCCGAUCCAGUGAAGGCUAUUUCUUUUGUUCCUAGGUAGGGCUUACUAUUGAAAUGUGGCCGAAAUUGGACUCAAAGGAGGGAAGCCAUAAAAGAUUAGCAAGUGGCACACCUGGUUAAGGACCUGAUCAUUUGGGUAGAGUGUGAGCGGACAAGGAGAUACUCCUGUUUAUAAAAGAAGAGCCACAGAAUUUCAGAGUUGGAAAAGGCUCCUUGGUUAUUUAAUCUAACUCAUAACUGGCAAAGAAUCACUACUCCAAGUGUGUUCAUCUGGAACCUGGGCAAAGACCUCAGAUGAAGGGGAUUUCACUACCUUCCACUAUUGCUUCUAGUUCAUCAUUCUGGGCUUUCCCUUCCACCUGGUAUCCUUUUAAAAACUUGACAGCUGUCACAUCCCUACUGAGCCAUCUUUUUUCAGGUUCAGCUGUCCUAACGCUUCUUUUGGCUGGCUAUUUGGCACAGCAGUAUUUGCCUUUGCCUACUCCGAAAGUGAUUGGCAUUGACCUCGGUACCACCUACUGUUCUGUUGGGGCAUUUCUUCCUGGCACAGGAAAGGUGAAGGUUAUUCCAGAUGAAAGUGGCCAUAAUAGCAUACCCAGUAUGGUAUCUUUUACUGAAACUGACAUUCAUGUAGGAUAUGAUGGAUUGGAACUGGCAGAUUCAAAUCCACAGAACACAAUAUAUGAUGCCAAACGGUUCAUUGGAAAAAUUUUCACCCAAGAAGAGCUGAAGACUGAAAUUAGUAGAUAUCCAUUUAAGGUCUUAAACAACAAUGGCACAGCUGAAUUUUCUGUGAUAAGAAAUGGAACCAUCACUGUUUCUCCAGAAUAUAUUGGCUCCCGACUGCUCUUAAAGCUGAAGAAAAUGGCAGAGGACUAUUUUGGGAUGCCAGUGUCCAAUGCUGUUAUUUCUGUACCAGCAGAAUUUGAUCUAAGGCAGAGAAAUUGUACUGUUCAGGCUGCUAAUCUUGCAGGACUAAAAAUCUUGAGAGUCAUUAAUGAGCCCACAGCCGCAGCUAUGGCUUACGGACUGCACAAGGCAGACGUGGUGAACGUGCUGGUGAUCGAUCUGGGUGGGGGCACGCUCGAUGUUUCCUUACUCAACAAGCAAGGAGGAAUGUUUUUAACCCGAGCCAUGGCAGGAAACAACCAACUGGGCGGGCAGGACUUCAACCAGAGGCUGCUUCAGUACUUGUACCAGCAGAUCUACCAGACUUACGGGUCCCUGCCUUCCCGCAAAGAAGAGGUCCACCGACUGAGGCAGGCUGUGGAAAUGGUCAAGCUGAACCUGACUCUUCAUCCCUCUGCCAGGAUUUCCGUGUCGUUGACUCUAGGCGAAGCCCAGGCCUUCCCGGAUGCUGCUGAGGGGAGGGAGGGCGAGAGCAGGUUUCCGGAGGACAGACUGUUCCCAGGAGAUGCUCACCCUGAAAGCACCGUGUUCAGCGCCGACUCUGGCGCCCCACAAGGAAGAGGGGGCCCCAUCCUUUUCGAGGCAGACAUCUCCAGGAAGCUGUUUGACACGCUGAAUGAGGACCUCUUUCAGAAGAUCCUCGUGCCAGUCCGGCAAGUGCUGAAAGAAGGCAGCCUCGAGAAGACCGAGAUCGAUGAAGUGGUUCUGGUCGGGGGUUCUACUCGCAUUCCCCGGAUCCGCCAGCUCAUUCGAGAGUUCUUUGGCAAGAAUCCCAACACAUCUGUCGACCCGGACCUGGCUGUGGUGACGGGAGUUGCCAUUCAGGCAGGAAUUGAUGGCGGAUCGUGGCCUCUUCAAGUCAGUGCCAUAGAAAUUCCCAACAGGCACUUGAGGAAGACCAACUUCAACUGAAUUCGCCCUUCCCCAGGGACCGCGUUCUCUUCCUUUGACUUCUUGAGCACAACAAAGGGCAAAAGUAAAGCUAAGCUACUGUGACAAAGAUCAUUCUGAGAUUUCUCUGGAAACGGCAACAUCCAUAUGUUGGCAGAUUACGCUGAGCUCCAUCCCCAGCCUCCUCCCUCCUGAUACCUGCUUACUCUUGGAUGGAUGCUCUCAUACCUGCUUAGUCUUGAAUGGAUGCUCUCAUACCUGCUUACUCUUGGAUGGAUGCUCUCAUACCUGCUUAGUCUUGAAUGGAUGCUCUCAUACCUGCUUAGUCUUGAAUGGAUGCUCUCAUACCUGCUUAGUCUUGAAUGGAUGCUCUCAUACUGCUUACUCUUGAAUGGAUGCUCUCAUACCUGCUUACUCUUGGAUGGAUGCUCUCAUACCUGCUUAGUCUUGAAUGGAUGCUCUCAUACCUGCUUACUCUUGGAUGGAUGCUCUCAUCCUGCUUACUCUUGAAUGGAUGCUCUCAUACCUGCUUACUCUUGGAUGGAUGCUCUCAUACCUGCUUACUCUUGAAUGGAUGCUCUCAUGACUGCUUACUCUUGGAUGGAUGCUCUCAUACCUGCUUACUCUUGAAUGGAUGCUCUCAUACCUGCUUAGUCUUGAAUGGAUGCUCUCAUACCUGCUUAGUCUUGAAUGGAUGCUCUCAUACCUGCUUAGUCUUGAAUGGAUGCUCUCAUACCUGCUUAGUCUUGAAUGGAUGCUCUCAUACCUGCUUACUCUUGGAUGGAUGCUCUCAUACUGCUUACUCUUGAAUGGAUGCUCUCAUGACUGCUUACUCUUGGAUGGAUGCUCUCAUACCUGCUUACUCUUGGAUGGAUGCUCUCAUACCUGCUUACUCUUGGAUGGAUGCUCUCAUACCUGCUUAGUCUUGAAUGGAUGCUCUCAUACCUGCUUACUCUUGAAUGGAUGCUCUCAUAUCUGCUUAGUCUUGAAUGGAUGCUCUCAUACCUGCUUACUCUUGGAUGGAUGCUCUCAUACCUGCUUACUCUUGGAUGGAUGCUCUCAUACCUGCCUACUCUUGGAUGGAUGCUCUCAUACCUGCCUACUCUUGGAUGGAUGCUCUCAUACCUGCCUACUCUUGAAUGGAUGCUCUCAUACCUGCUUACUCUUGAAUGGAUGCUCUCAUAUCUGCUUAGUCUUGAAUGGAUGCUCUCAUACCUGCUUACUCUUGAAUGGAUGCUCUCAUAUCUGCUUAGUCUUGAAUGGAUGCUCUCAUACCUGCUUAGUCUUGAAUGGAUGCUCUCAUACCUGCUUACUCUUGAAUGGAUGCUCUCAUAUCUGCUUAGUCUUGAAUGGAUGCUCUCAUACCUGCUUACUCUUGGAUGGAUGCUCUCAUACCUGCUUACUCUUGGAUGGAUGCUCUCAUACCUGCCUACUCUUGGAUGGAUGCUCUCAUACCUGCUUACUCUUGGAUAGAUGCUCUCAUACCUGCCUACUCUUGGAUGGAUGCUCUCAUACCUGCCUACUCUUGAAUGGAUGCUCUCAUACCUGCCUACUCUUGAAUGGAUGCUCUCAUACCUGCUUACUCUUGGAUGGAUGCUCUCAUACCUGCUUACUCUUGGAUGGAUGCUCUCAUACCUGCCUACUCUUGGAUGGAUGCUCUCAUACCUGCUUACUCUUGAAUGGAUGCUCUCAUACCUGCUUACUCUUGGAUGGAUGCUCUCAUACCUGCUUACUCUUGGAUGGAUGCUCUCAUACCUGCUUACUCUUGGAUGGAUGCUCUCAUACCUGCUUACUCUUGGGUGGAUGCUUUUCCCAAGGAAAGAACUACUCAAAAGUAAUGCAGGUUAAAUGGAGUGUUUAUAUCAGGACCAUCUGGAAUAUAGGCUGUAUGAGACAGGGUGGACCAGAUGCAUUAUUUAUAAUUGUGUUUUGUAAAAAUAGGCUAGAACCAUUUGUAAAGGGCUUUGUUUCCUCCUGAAUUUUAUUGGUGAGAGUUGUCAGGUUAGUUGCUUGAUAAUAGUCUGUUCGAAAUAUCUGUCACUGUAACACCUGGCUCCUGCCUCAGGGAUUUAUAGUGAAUUAGAAGAUCAACAUAGCAGUAUUAAUAAGGACAGCAUCUGUAGUGCUCAAUAUCCUCUUAGCUAAAGUAUUCUUGAUCAAAAAUUGACCCUCAAAAAUCAGAAUGUUUUAUAAAUACACUAUUGAUAUGAUUUGUUUUGAAGAACUAAUGAAAAAUGCCAAAAAUGAACUAAAUUAUUGGAGAAGUUGUGCUUUCUUGUACUUUUGAAAAUAUAAACUUUCGGGUUUAGGAAUUUCAAAUACUUUUUUUUUCAAGGUGUUUAAAAGUUUGCCAAUGACCAAAUCUCCAUGCCCUUUGAAUUUUUUAGCCCAAAAGGAUAUUAAAUAAGUCCAAUUUAUAGCAAAUAUUUGGUUUAGUUUUAAUAAAAUGCUUUAAAAUGUUUAGUCAUACAAAAAAUAAUUUUCCCCAUAAUUAGAAAAAGGAAAUAGACCAAGCAUCUUUCAUUACAAUUGAACCUUUACAGGGUUUUGUUAAUGAGUAAAGAAUAUAAUCUUUUAAUAUAAGUGUUUAGUUAGAUCUAGAAUGGAAGCAUGAAGAAUAGAAAUAACAUUCUUCAUAUUCCUCAAAUGAAUAUCUAUCCUCUCAUUUUCUACCUCUCAAUCUACUAUAGCCCAGGAAGGGAACUUUCCCUUUCAGGUUCCCCCUUGCAAAUUGGGGGAAAUAAGACAAAGAUUUGGAAGCAGCAAGCACUGGCUCGCCACAGCUAUCUACGUUGUUGAAUGUGGUUUACAUGAAAAAAAAAAAAAAGAUACGUGUCUCAUCUGGAAGAAUUAAUUUUAAGUAUUUUGAAGAACAUUUGAAGUUGAAUUUGAAGAACAUAAUACAUUUUAGAUGUAUAUGUAGCUAAUGGUUUCUAGUAUAAAAUAUUUUUCUAGCUAGAUCAUUACACAGUUUCAGAAAGGGAAUGAGUUAUUUUGUAUCAGAGAGAAGUCUUGGUACUGUAUUUUGGCUUAGACCAUUGCAUUAGCAACAGAUUUCGAGUCUAAUAGAUUGUAUAUAACAGAUAGGAAGUUUUUUUUUUUUAUGUGUACAAAUGAUUAUUGUAUUUCAGUAAAGUGAAUUUUUUAGUUUCUUUUUUAAAUGGUGCACUUUAUUUUGUGCUACUUAGCUGUACCACUCUUUGGCAACUUUGUGUAGAUUUUGUGGAAUACAUAAAAGAUGGAAAAAAUAGCUUUUGGGAAAUGAGGUUGAAGUGACACAGUCCUUAAUAAAGGUAGGCUGUGUAAUUUCCCAGUAUCUGGAAUUCUUAUUAAUAAGCCUUUGUGUUUAUCCUUAGCCCUUUCUUCUCAUUUUCAAAACUAUAGAAUGAGAUUAUCACAGUCUGGGUAAAAUCAUAUGACCUCAAAAGAGAAAAGUGUUGUCAGUAACCAAACUGGGCAAUUCCUAUUUUUGUGUUUAUAACAUUAAACAGUAAAGUACUAAAAAUGGAGCAAGAGAGUGAAAAUUUAAUUUCUUAAUAAGGUACUGUAUAAAUAUUUGGAACAAUUCAGCAAAAUUAUAAUUGUUAAUGAACUUUUAUUAUUAUAUUCUUAAAAAUGAGCACUUUUCAAUAAAAAUGUCAUUGUUUUCUAUAACACAA